AUGUUUCCUCCCCGCCUCCCCUCUGAAGAGAUCAACACCAGGGCUCUGUCCAUCCUCUCACUCUCAGUGCCCAGGACUCCCCCCCAGCAGCAUUCCGGUCUGGGGCACCGUAACCCAAAGGCGCCGCUUCCCAGCAACCCAGCCGGCCUGUCCCCAAGUCCUGGGAAAGUCCGCUCCGGCAUCCCGUGCCCAGGGCUCUCUCUGCUGGAGCUGGGCUGGAACCCAAGCUUCCGGCCUCCUCCCUCGGACCUGGGGCGGGGCCCAGGCCCCAGCGCACUCACCUGCGGUUUCAGGUGGCCACGUGGAGGAGAAGGAUCCGGCGGUGGAGGCGGCUCGGCCACACUAAAAAGGCGGUUCGGACACCUGGGGGAGAGGUCAGCUCUGCAGCCUGGCGCCUCCCAGCAGGGACGGGACUUGGCCGGGAGCCCCGGGCCCCGAGCCCCGAGGGUCAGGGGUGACACGGGCGAGCAGCCCCCGCUGCACACCUCGGGCUUCGCGUGCCGUGGGCGCCAGGCCGCGGGGGUGGGGGUGGGGGGUGGAGCCGGACCCCGCCCUCGGGGUGUCACCCUCUCGGGGUGUGGGCGGAGGGGGCGGCUCCGCGAGCAGCAGAGGACGGAAGCUCGGGCCUCCGAGUCCCUAGAAAGCCUCCGGAAGGAAGGCGCGCGCCCCAGAGGAGGAGGAGCAGCCGGGACUUCCGAGGAGCGCCGCCCCCGCCCCGGGCCUCCGCGCCUGAGGUCAGAGCUCAGGAAUGCACCGCCGCAGACCUCGCGGGGACCCUCCCGCCUCGGCUCCAGACGCCCCGCCCCGCACGCGCAGACGGGGACGGGCCCCGAGCUCCGCCCGGCCUCCCCGUGCUUCGCAGCUGGACUCCGCCUGGCCCCGCCGGGCUGCCAGCUCCAGCCCCACCCUAGGAGCCGGGUGCGGGGCCUUAGCCUUCGCCUUCCAGGGAUCCAAACUUGUAGUUCUCCCUGGCACCCGGAUGGGGAUGGGGUCAGAAAUGGGGCAACUAAAAAUAAGACAAAAACAAGUGGCCGGGCGUGGGGCGCACGCCUGCGAGAAGAGGACGGACUUCCAGGCCAGCCUGGGCUACAAGGCGAAUGUAAGGCCUGCCUGACCUACACAGCAAGACCCUGUGUCAAAAAACAACAGGAGCCGGGCGUGGUGGCGCACGCCUGUAGUUCCAGCACUGGGGAAGCUGAAGCAGGAGGAUCUCUGUGAGUUCGAGGCCAGCCUGGGCUACACAGUGAGUUUAAGGCCAGCCUGAACCCCAUUGUGAGACCCUAUCUCAAGAAAAAACAAAUUAAAUUCCGAACUGCAGCCACUCUUUUCUUAAACUUAGGGUUCCCAAUAGCAGGAUCCUCAGCUCUUGAGCACCUCCGCCCCAGCCCCUUCAGCUCGGAGUUAGUCUUCUGCAUCUCUCCUCCCUCAGACCCGCGGGUCCAGGCCCAGCCUCCGCCCUCGGACCCCGAGUCUGGACCCAGCCCCCUCUAUGGGACGAGGGAUUGAAUCCAGGUCCCAACCCUGUCGUGCUCAGAACCAGGCAUCCCGGCCCUGUCUUUCUGGGGUCCCACAUUCGUCAUCGCAGUGUAGCCCUCCGAUGAACCCGGGAUCCUGAACCACCGCCCCAGGGCCCUGGGGUCCCCCA